AUGAGGACUCUUUAUGGAGGGUUUAACAAGGUAGGUGCCACGAAAGUUGACUUCAAAAACUUCAAGAGAGACUUAAAUAGGUAUAUAGCUGAGUACGAUGCUGACAUGGUUAUUAAACGCCUAAGAAGGAAGAAAGAAUUUAUGCCCAAUUUCUCUAUGGAAUACCUAACAAUUGACGAUGGCGUUUUACGGGCGUUGUUCUGGGCCGAUGGAGAUUCAAAGAGAAAUUUUCAUAUGUUUGGGGAUGUUGAGUGUUUCGAUGCUACUUAUUGUCGUAACAAGUACAAUAUGAUGUUCGUACCUUUUACCGGCGUUGACAAUCACUAUCGUAAUGCAUUUGGGCGCGCACCACCUGUGAUUGUAACUGAUCAAGACCCAGCAAUGAGGAAAGCUAUUCAAGAUACUUGGCCUGAAAGUAGGCACAGGCUUUGCAUGUGGCAUAUAAUGGACAAACUUACUACCAAGUUUUUUAUAUCUGAAUAUGUGGUUGGCGCCAACCUAUGCAAUAGCACCGAUUUUAAGAAGAGGUUGUGUGGCAUUGUUUGGACUGAUGCAUUACUCCCUGAACAGUUUGAAACCGAAUGGGGUGUUAUAUUGGCUGAUUUUGAUUUGGUGAAUCAUGAAUGGUUACAGUCAAUUUAUCAUAUUAGGGAUACAUGGAUCCCUGCGUACUAUCGUGAUGAACACAUGUCUGGGCUGAUGCGUACUUCAUCACGUUCGGAAAGUGAGAACCAUUUCUUUGGGAAGUUUUGCAACACGAACUGUACGCUUGUUGAAUUCUUGGGGCAUUUUGACUCUGCAAUUGAAACCCAAAGACACAGGCACAGGAAGAAUGAUCACGAUACUAGGCACACGAACCUCGAAAUAUUUGCAAAAGAGUUUGUCUUAGAACAACAGGCGGCAAACAUAUACACACGGACAAUUUUCUUCGAUGAGCAACUUGAAAUUCAGACAGCCAUUCACAAGUGUGGUAUUGAAAAAUGGGAUCAAAGAGAGGAUAAUUUUGUGAACUUCUCUGUGAAGGACUUUUCUCAACCGUGUACUACAUUUUUUCAGGUUAUGAUGCGACAGCAAGAUAUGACUAUGAGUUGUUCAUGCAAUAGGCAGUUCCUUGAAAGGUAUAUAUGCCGACGGUGGACCAGGGAAGCUGUUCCUAAUAGUGCUCCUAGAGCGAUAUUAGGUAUUAAUGAAAGUGAUGAUCGGUACCAGCAAAUUAAUGGUGUUGUACGGGAGAUAACAAGGUCAGCCGAGUCUCUUAUUAACAGGUUGGUUCAUAACUUUGAUGCGUUGUGCGCUUUCAGGGACCAUGUUGUCCAGUAUCAAUCGACGGCUGAUCAAGAAGUUGUAAACGCACCCCCUAGGAGUCGUCGCGAUAGGUUUGCUGAAAUAACUGGCUACACCCAAGAAACACCUGUAACUAUAUGCAUGCCGAAAACCACUAGAUUUAAAGGUAUGGGCAAGCCUAUGAGAAUGAAGAGUAAGCGUGAAAUUACCAUUAGUCAAUAUGGGAAAAAAAGGGUCGUGAAUGUAGCAAUUGCAAACGUAGGGGGCAUAAUAUACGUACAUGCACGUACCCUACAAGGGAAAAGAACGACGACUCCUCAGAAGGUGAGGAAGUGGCGGGUGAAGGAGAUGACAAAGAGGAGCUAG